GAAACGAAGCUGAGGCUGAGCGAGUAUGAUGAGUUCGUCUGCCAGAAGUUGAAGUUCCGACGGAAUCCAUCGUUGCUGCAGUUAUCGUGAGGGGAAUAAUUUUUUAUUAUUGAAGCUGGGGCUUCUUGUGUGAUAAAGUAGCUGGCUUCAGCCCGAGACUCGAUGAAGCGAGGGAGGAGAUAGCGGGUGGGAACAAGAGGAUGGGACAGCUGGGCUGGGAGCAUAGCGCGAAUACAACUGCUCCAGUGCACCACUCUGUCGCAGAGGGGAUUUGGGAUGAAUCGAACACACCGCCACGACGAAAAUGAAAUCCAAUAUUUCAGAAAUGAGGGGGGUCCUGUUGUCUGGUCGAACUUCAUUUUCACGAGGGCGUCUGAUUGAGGUUGAAUGAGGUGCUUCAUGUUAUAGAGCGAUAAAAAAGAUAUCUGAAACGAUUGAGUAUGAUAUUAAGCUAAAAUGUUACUCGCAACUCCGAUCGCAUCUCAACCGUCGAUCCGUCCUAUGAUAGUACAUGGCCAACCUUGGAUGCUUCCUCUGAUGAAGAAGCGCCAUCACCGCCUUUUCUGUACCAACGGCCAGUACGCCGCAUCCAACACAUACAGAGGAUUACGAUUCGUCUACAAUGGAGAUGACUUAUGAGUCGACUCAAAAGCAAGGCUUCACCGACAAAUCCGGCGUGCAAUCGGAUCAGUUGAAAUCCUCGGGCUGUUUGCCCGUGAGCCAGUGGAGGGUCACGUUAGGCGCUAGGUCGAGUGGUCCAUCGGCGAAUUUUAAUAUUGCGGUGUCGUCAGCGCAUUGUAUAUGGUUCCCGAUGCUGAGAAGACGUUGAGAAACGGUUGAGAGUAGUGUCUCCGUGCGUGAAUAUCGCUCCUACCAAGCCCCAUUUCCUUCCACAUCCCGCAUUACAAUUUCCCCCACCCAGACCCAUAUUUCUAUAAGCGUCACAAGGCUUACCAUUCUUAUAUCAUCCAUUCCAAACCUUGGUGUCACAACUUCCCCCUGCCCCCUCCUUACAGUCCCCAGCAGCCUCAAGCCCACGUCGAGUUUCCCUCUAGCUCCUGCCGGGACAGCAUCACAGAUCCAGCUCCAAGGCCGCAUUGGACGGAGUUGCAAGACCCUGAACGAUGUACGACCCACGAAUGGUGAUAAUGACGCCGCGCAGCCACUGGGCUGAGGAGCUGGUGAAGGAGCACGCGUCAGGAGUAACAUCAGGAAUGAAGCGAGGCCGGGACGGCGAUCAUGAAGACCAUGAUAGUGACGGCGCUGCGAGCGGGGAUGUGAGGAGGCUCAGGGUCCUCCGCCCCUGUGCUUCAGCUCCUGCAGCAGCAAUCCCUUCAGCGUUGCCUUCAGCCGUGCCUUCAGCCGUGCCUUCAGCUGUGCCUUCAGCCGUGCCUUCAGCCGUGCCUUCAGCCGUGCCUUCAGCCGUGCCUUCAGCCGUGCCUUCAGCCGUGCCUUCAGCCGUGCCUUCAGCCGUGCCUUCAGCCGUGCCUUCAGCCGUGCCUUCAGCCGUGCCUUCAGCCGUGCCUUCAGCCGUGCCUUCAGCCGUGCCUUCAGCCGUGCCUUCAGCCGUGCCUUCAGCCGUGCCUUCAGCCGUGCCCUCAGCCGUGCCUUCAGCCGUGCCUUCAGCCGUGCCUUCAGCCGUGCCUUCAGCCGUGCCUUCAGCCGUGCCUUCAGCCGUGCCUUCAGCCGUGCCUUCAGCCGUGCCUUCAGCCGUGCCUUCAGCCGUGCCUUCAGCCGUGCCUUCAGCCGUGCCUUCAGCCGUGCCUUCAGCCGUGCCUUCAGCCGUGCCUUCAGCCGUGCCUUCAGCCGUGCCUUCAGCCGUGCCUUCAGCCGUGUCUUUCGCCGUGCCUUCAACCGUGCCUUCAACCGUGCCUUCAACCGUGCCUUCAGCCGUUCCGCCUUCAGCCGUUCCUUCAGCCGUGCCUUCAGCCGUGCCUUCAGCCGUACCUUCAGCCGUGCCUUCAGCCGUGCCUUCAGCCGUGCCUUCAGCCGUACCUUCAGCUGUGCCUUCAGCCGUACCUUCAGCCGUGCCUUCAGCCAUGCCUUCAGGCGUGCCAGGAGCCAUGCCUUCAGCCGUGCCAGGAGCAUGUGAUGACACGGCGGGCAGACUCGCUGCUGAGAGCUCAUGGGUGGAAAGAGGAGCUGCUUGCGCCCCAGAGCAACAGAGAUUGUCAGCAGCAUCUGAUGACAAGGCGGAUAGACAUGCUGCGGAAGUAGCCGACACAAGGACCACUCUGCUGCAUGGAAACUCCCCAACCUCGACUGGGUCAGCGAACCAACGACAGCGUCAUGAAUGCACUCGACCCCAGCUACUACUUUCUGCUGAUGGUUCAUUCGGGGAAAGCGUACCCGUUAGAGAGCAGUGGAGCGUUCUUGCAGGCGCUUCAAAACUCAGCACGCAGCCAAGCUGGGCUGAUUACGUUCGGAGCAAGGAGUUGCUGGGAAUCACAGUGCUGUCUGCGAAGACGCUCCAACCCCUCCAGAGUGCAGAUCGAUGUGUGGAAGCAUGCAAUGCCCGCACAGUGGAGUCAAUGGAGGGAUGUAGAGCUGAGGCAAAUGAGGGAGGUGCAGCGAAGCCAAUGAAGUCAAAUGAGGGACGUGCGGCUAUGUUGAAUGGGGGAGGUGCAGGCAAGUCAAUGGAGGGAUGUGCAUGCUGGGAAAAGCCACCUGGUACUCGAGCCAUCAUCCCUGAUCUGAACGUUCCUACCUGUGAGGCUGACAGCUUGACACUCAAGCUGCAUGCAUGCAUUAUCAUCUCAAUAUAUUUAAUUUGCUGGAAUGGCGUGUGCCGGGCAUCCUUCAGCAUUCCAGGUGCCCUUGCUUUUAGAGUUUUUGGGUUGUGCUUCAAAAUAUAUAACAUCAUUAACUUCUCAAUUGUACAGUCAUCAACCUAUCAGUAAAGCGAGGCAUCUACUAACAGGUACUAU